AAACAUAAAGAAAUUGAUGGUAGCAACUCCAACACGCAGGCAUUGUUUGAUGAAAUCUGAAGCUGAAGUGAAAAGUUGGAUGUUUUUAAAUUUUGUAACUGGGAACCCUAAACCCUAAAAGCCUUUGACUCUGUUCAACCCUUCAAUAUGAGUGUGACCCAAUUCGCCAUGGUUGAGGAGUUGGCGUUUCUUGUCAAGGACAACCUUCCUUGCAAGCAUUUAGUUCUUACGAUGGAAGAAGUCUUGGUUAACUUUCUUCAGGAUGAUGACACUAGUUCGGAUGGGAUUUUGGAAUUGGAGCCAAUGAACUCUUAUAACCGUCUUCUAUUGCAUCGCCUCGCUGAGAUAUUUGGGUUUGCACAUGAAUCUGUUGGCGAAGGAGAUGAUCGCCACUUGAUUUUGGAGAGAUGUCCAGAUACAUCUAUACCUCCAAUCCUUGUCAGUGAUAUCCUAUGGAAGUAUGAUGAACCUCAAUCUUUGAUUACGACCCACCAAAUAUUAAGGAGAAAAGAGGCCCCUCCAGUCUUGCAGACAAAUACAGCAUCCUUUCCGCAGUCACUGGAGGAGAGAAAAGCUGCUUAUUUAACUGCUCGUGAGCGAAUUUUCUCUAUGAAUUUGGAAGAGGUAAAAGGGCCUGGGGAACAAAAGCCGCGAAGUGUGCCUGUGGUUGCCCGCAGAAUGAUUGCACAUGCACUAGGUCAAAGAAUGCACACAAAGAAUCUGAAUGGGUUGGCUAAUGAUAGUACAAGGGAUAGUGUGCGCACAGAUGAAUUGAAUGCUCAAGAUACGAAUAGUGAAGAGUACAAUCUCCCGAAAGAUUCUGAAGACUCUUUACCCCUAAGAAGGAACUCAAACAACAAAAUUAGUAACACUAGCAGUUCAAAUGCAGCCUCACUUAAUAAAAGGAAUGAUCAAACACCCCUUGACAAAGAUUUGCCACAAUUCUCUCAAGACGGAAAACAGGGGCAAAGAGCAAGUAAAGACUACAUGAAAAAGGAGCACUUAGGAGCUGCAAAGAGAAUGUUUGCUCAUGCUUUAGGAGUGCAUUCUGUGAAGGAUGGUUCUGUUCCUAAAAGUAAAAGUGGAGAAAUAACGAAGAAUUAGCAGAGAAGGUUGUGAUAUCUUCGAAGCAGAAUGGUCUUCUGUUGCUUCAAAUGGACCCUGGCAGGUGCUCCCAAGGUUUCAAUCACAAUCACAAAGAUGAGUAAUGAGCAUGCUUUACUCAAAAUUUCUGAUACACAAUUCUCAGGAGAUUCAUGCAAAAGACUGUCGUAGUUUCAUGUUGGUUGCUUAGUGCUUCUCUGAUUGUGCUGGAGUAUCUUGAUUAGCAGCCAAGUCAAAAGGCAUCUUGAAAGUACUAUCCAGAAUCUUGUUGGACCUGUUUUCACUAAUGGUGGUAGCUGACUGGACAGGUUAUGGUGUUUGGCCCGUCAUCUAAAUGUUGUAAGAUACAAUGCAGUUCCAGUUUCAUUCUAGUGUGUUUACUAUAUUGUCAGUGUCAUGGAGUUGGCUUUCAUUAUGGCUGCUCCCAGGGAGUACAUGAUUUCCCUAUCAUGGAGAGUGUUAUGUAUAUAAUAUUUAUAUUUAAAAUCACAAAUUUGUUGACUGUGUCAUGUUUAAACUUCCUUUUUUUCCUUUCCCAGCUAUGAUGGCAAUAACGUUAUCUUUUACAGAUUUUAAGGGGUAAUGAAUUAUGUUUUUCUGCUGUAUGUAACUCAGAUGACCAAAAGCUCACCUAAGCAUCCUCCAAGGAUGUUAACGGGACUUGGAAUCAGAUCAGUGUUU